GCUCUGCCCUCGUGUGGCCUGAGCCCCCUCCUCCGAGGGCCUCCCCCAGUACCUGCUGGGGGCAGGGCGGGGCAGAGCCUCCAGGAGUGGGGCUCUCCUUAGCUGUCUGGGCUAGAACAGGAAGCAGAUCCUUGACCCUCCGUCACCCUGAUUCUUUUGAGAUACUUCUACAACCAGUCUAGAGGCUGGAAAAUAAGUCACCACACAGAAAGUGGUGCAGGCAACCUUGAGGGACCCGUGCAAAAUGCAGAAACCAGGGCUCACCCCCACACCUGCCGGAGGGGACUCUCUGAUGUGAAGAGCCUGGAAACCUGCUUCGUACAAGCUCCCGGGACCCCCAAACCAGCCCCCUGGGGGACUCCCAAAUAUGAGGAAACUGAGGCCUAGAGAGGAACAGGAAGCUGUCCAAGCACAGACGCAUGACUUUCUCCUUCUCGCUCCUCUCAUGGGGACUCCCAGCCAGCCCUCCAAGGAAAAACACAAGGGAACUGGCCUUGGCUCCUGAAUCGGAUUUUCAUUCAAAGCCCUGGGCCCAUGCUCAGCUUUCCCGUGUCUUUACUGGCCAUAUUCAGCAGCAGGAUUCAGACCCGGGCCGGAAUGUGGACCAGGUUCUUGUCCCAGCUCCGCCCCAAGUGGCCCUCACAGCUCCCUCAGAUCCUGGGAAGAAGGAGCCUUGGAGCAAUGGCAAGUCCUGAGCACCCUGGGAGCCCUGGAUGGACGGGACCCAUAGCCCAGUGCACGGCAGGGACCAAGGAUGCACCAGCCACUGGCCCAGAGCUCCUAUGUCCAGGACCUGAUGGGCACUUAGACCCCCACAGCAGCCCCAGCCCCAACUCCAACAUGACCACCGGGGAGCUGCAGGAGUACUGGCGGAAGGAGAAGCGCUGCUGGCGGCGCGUCAAGCUGCUCUUCGAGGUCGCGUCGGCCCGCAUCGAGGAGAGGAGAAUGUCCAAGUUCGUGAUGUACCAAAUCGUCGUCAUCCAGACAGGGAGUUUUGACAGCAACAAAGCCGUGCUGGAGCGGCGCUACUCCGACUUCGAGACGCUCCACAGAAACCUCCUCAAGACGUUCCGGGAGGAGAUCGAGGACGUGGUCUUCCCCAAGAAGCACCUGCUGGGCAACUUCACGCAGGAGAUGAUCUCGGAGCGCAAGCUGGCCUUCAAGGAGUACCUGAGCCUGCUCUACUCCAUCCGCUGCGUGCGGCGCUCCCGCGAGUUCAUCGACUUCCUCACCCGGCCGGAGCUCCGGGAGGCCUUCGGCUGCCUGCGGGGCGGCCAGUACGCCCGGGCCCUGGACAUCCUGGUGCGCGUGGUGCCCCUGCAGGAGAAGCUGACGGCCCACUGCCCCGUGACCGUGGUCCCGGCCCUGUGCGCCAUGCUGGUGUGCCACCGGGACCUGGAGCACCCCGCGGAGGCCUUAGCAGUGGGCGAGAGGGCGCUCCAGUGCCUGCAGGCCCGGGAGGGCCAUCGCUACUACGCGCCCCUGCUGGACGCCAUGAUCCGCCUGGCCUACAUGCUGGGCAAAGACUUCGUGUCGCUGCAGAAGAGGCUGCAGGAGAGCCAGCUGCGGAAGCCCGCCCCCUGGGACCUCACCCUGAAGGAACUCACCGUGCGGGAGUAUCUGUACUGAGACCCUCCGGAGGGCAAGCUGGAGGUGCGGGGUUCAUGUCUAGUGGGAGGAGCCACGUGGGGCCCUGGGUUGCUGGGGGACCUGGGACAAGCCCUUCCUCUGGUCCUCCAUUUGCCCGUCUGUGUUGAACAGAUUGCAACCCGUGUCCCUUCCAUGCCAGGCUCACCUCAUCUCAAAACCACAAACCCAGCUGCCAAACGCUGCAGGGUGAGACCCAUCUUUCUGAGGCUUUGGUCGGUAGCCAGAGGGGAGGGUGACAUUGCAUGCCGAAGACACAACUUAACCCAUAUUGUACAUUCAGCUGUCUCCAGCUGGCCUUCUGUCUCUGCUCCUUCUCCCUUGACCUUGCCUGCGGAUAUCCCCACCAUUAUCCUAAAUAUUCUGGCUCUCCCCUCUUAGCAUGUAGACCUGACUCAGCAAAACAAAAGCUCAUCCACUGCUCCUCAAGGCCAGCUCCAUCCCUGGGAUGGGUGUAUGGGACCCUAUGAUAGGUGGAGCCACGCUAAGCUAGAACAUAAUCUUGUCUGAGGAUUCUGUGAAAUGAGGCAUUUUUAGGAAGGGAAGUUGCCAGCUAUCCUCUGGUUAGGAUUAUGCACUCAUUGCCUGGGUGGGUUUUCAUUUAUAAGGCAACUGGCCCUUGGAUAGGCUCCCUAAGUUAGGUAGACAUAGCCCUGAAGGGAGGUGGGAAAAUACACAGUGGGACCUCUGGGUAGGAUAGAGAUUGAAUGCUGAACACCUCCCCAUUUGAGGAACAGUGUUCUUGGAACUUCUGUGAUGCUUGGGGAUGCCCUUGGCUGAAGUCUGCUGUCAGGAAAAGACACCAAGAGCCCAGAGUGGAGGAGAGUCAGGACCUAUAACCUAGGCUCAAUCCUGGGACUGAAGCUGAUGUUACAGGUUGGUUUGGGCCAAUGUGUUUAAGGCUGGAAGUCCCUGAAGACCUAAACCGUCUGGCUGAACUAACUUAUCAGAGCAAAAUAAAAAGGCUGUAGCUUCAACCCUUGACAUGGGACACCAGUAUGACCUGCGCAAGGAUGUCUCAGUCCAAGGAUCCCAGUGGUGGUGAACGCGCAUUCACCAAACUGCACCAGACUGUGUUCAACAGCGACACUGUGUGGCAACAGCUGGAGUGGCCCAGUCAGGCUCUGGCCUCAAGGUUAGAAACAGAUGAUGAUACCUUGGGACAGAGAAAGCUUCAAGUCUCUCCAUUUACUCUGGGAGAAGGACACUUUGAAUGGGGAUGCUGGACUUCUUGACGAGCUGGGCAUGUGGAAAAUUAAAGUGUUAGGUGGAAAUACAAAGGGCCGUGGCUCUACUUGUAAUGGUGAAGACCAUACUGAUAUUAUGAGUCAUUUCAUCAAAUGUAAAAUGCCGUCAACUAUAA